AAUAAACAGGCAGGAGUUAGUCAGGUGCAUGUGCCACACUCACAGAAGACCUGGAAUUGACAGGAAGACUCCCAACUAGUACAAUGACAGAAGAUAAGGUCACUGGGACCCUGGUUUUCACUGUCAUCACCGCUGUGCUGGGUUCCUUCCAGUUUGGAUAUGACAUUGGUGUGAUCAAUGCACCUCAACAGAUAAUAAUAUCUCACUAUAGACAUGUUUUGGGUGUUCCAGUGGAUGACCGAAAAGCUAUCAACAACUAUGUUACCAACAGUACAGAUGAACUGCCCACAAUUGCAUACUCAAUGAACCCAAAACCAACCCCUUGGGCUGAGGAAGAGACUGUGGCAGCUGCUCAACUAAUCACUAUGCUCUGGUCCCUGUCUGUAUCCAGCUUUGCAGUUGGUGGAAUGAUUGCAUCAUUCUUUGGUGGGUGGCUUGGGGACACACUUGGAAGAAUCAAAGCCAUGUUAAUAGCAAACAUUCUUUCAUUAGUUGGAGCUCUCUUGAUGGGGUUUUCAAAAUUGGGACCAUCUCAUAUACUUAUAAUUGCUGGAAGAAGCAUAUCAGGACUAUAUUGUGGGCUAAUUUCAGGCCUGGUGCCCAUGUAUAUUGGUGAAAUUGCUCCAACCACUCUCAGGGGCGCACUUGGCACUUUUCAUCAGCUGGCCAUUGUCACGGGCAUUCUUAUUAGUCAGAUUGUUGGUCUUGAAUUUAUCUUGGGCAAUUAUGAUCUGUGGCACAUCCUGUUUGGCCUGUCUGGUGUACGAGCCAUCCUUCAGUCUCUGCUACUCUUUUUCUGUCCAGAAAGUCCCAGGUACCUUUACAUCAAGUUAGAUGAGGAAGUCAAAGCAAAGCAAAGCUUGAAAAGACUCAGAGGAUAUGAUGAUGUCACCAAAGAUAUUAAUGAAAUGAGAAAAGAAAAAGAAGAAGCAUCAAGUGAGCAGAAAGUCUCUAUAAUUCAGCUCUUCACCAAUUCCAGCUACCGACAGCCUAUUCUAGUGGCACUGAUGCUGCACAUAGCUCAGCAAUUUUCUGGAAUCAAUGCGAUUUUUUACUACUCAACCAGCAUUUUUCAGACGGCUGGUAUCAGCAAACCUGUUUAUGCAACCAUUGGAGUUGGUGCUGUAAACAUGGUUUUCACUGCUGUCUCUGUAUUCCUUGUGGAGAAGGCAGGGCGACGUUCUCUCUUUCUAAUUGGAAUGAGUGGGAUGUUUGUUUGUGCCAUCUUCAUGUCAGUGGGACUUGUGCUGCUGAAUAAGUUCUCUUGGAUGAGUUAUGUGAGCAUGAUAGCCAUCUUCCUCUUUGUCAGCUUCUUUGAAAUUGGGCCAGGCCCUAUCCCCUGGUUCAUGGUGGCUGAGUUUUUCAGUCAAGGACCACGUCCUGCUGCUUUAGCAAUAGCUGCAUUCAGCAACUGGACCUGCAAUUUCAUUGUAGCUCUGUGUUUCCAGUACAUUGCGGACUUCUGUGGACCUUAUGUGUUUUUCCUCUUUGCUGGAGUGCUCCUGGCCUUUACCCUGUUUACAUUUUUUAAAGUUCCAGAAACCAAAGGAAAGUCUUUUGAGGAAAUUGCUGCAGAAUUCCAAAAGAAGAGUGGCUCAGCCCACAGGGCAAAAGCUGCCGUAGAAAUGAAAUUCCUAGGAGCUACAGAGACUGUGUGAAAAAAAAAAAACCCUGUUUCUCGACAUGAAAAGAAACAGUAAGGGAACCGUCUGUUUUUAAACGACGAUUCCUUGAGCAUUUUAUGUAUACAUCUUUAAGUAUUGUUUUAUUUUUAUGUGCUCUCAUCAGAAAUGUCAUCAAAUAUUACCAAAAAAGUAUUUUUUUAAGUUAGAGAAUAUAUUUUUGAUGGUAAGACUAUAAUUAAGUAAACCAAAAAGGCUAGUUUAUUUUGUUACACUAAAGGGCAGGUGGUUCUAACAUUUUUAGCUCUGUUCUUUAUAACAAGGUUCUUCUAAAAUUGAAGAGGUUUCAACAUAUCAUUUUUUUAACACAUAACUAGAAACCUGAGGAUGCAACUAAUAUUUAUAUAUUUGAAUAUCAUUAAAUUGGAAUUUUCUUACCCAUAGAUCUUAUAUUAAAGGAGAUAUGGCUAGUGGCAAUAAGUUCCAUGUUAAAAUAGACAACUCUUCCAUUCAU